UCCAUCACCCAGUUAAAACACACAYGYGUGCUCACACAGAGAGACAGAGCUGUCCCAGAGACAGCUCAUGGUCGUCCCCGGCACAGAGCGAAGCAACAAGAUCAUCCUUACCUGCUAUGGGACUCUAGCUGUCAGUUUGUUAUUUUGCUUCCUCAACCAACAUGUUUUACUCAGUUUAAUCAUUUUGGAGCCAAAAUGAAGACUUUGGAGCAAAUAUUUGCCUUUCACAUGAUUCUGGUCGCCUCGGCUUACAGCACACAGAGAGCACCUCAUAUCAUCACUGUACUAGAAACAGUGGAUGUUCUUCCUGAUCAUAAUGCCACCUUCAUCUGUGAGGUGGAGUCAAGUCCCAGUGCUUCUAUUACAUGGACCAAAAAUAAUCARCCAAUCAUGUACUAUGACAACCGAUACCUUACCAAGGAGCAGGGCCAGAUGUUGACCAUCCCUCAUGUGAAAGAGUCCGACAACGGAGAGUACUGCUGCAUUGCCAGCAACGGCAUCGGAGAAGCCGCAAAGAGCUGCGGAGCUCUCCAGCUGAAGAUGAAGCCCCAGAUCAAGCGUCAACCUACCAACGUAACUUUACUGGUAGAAUCUAAAGCAGUGCUGCCCUGUGUUACCCUUGGGAAUCCCAAACCACAUGUCACCUGGCUCAAGGAUGAUGAGCUCAUCAAGAUCAGCGACCGGGUCACCAUUCUUGAUUAUGGGGCAUUAAAAAUUCAUAGGAUCCAGACGGAGGAUGCUGGSAUGUACCGCUGUGUGGCAAGGAACAGCAUUGGUUUGGCCUUUUCAAAGCCUGUCACCAUUGAAGUACAAACUCCAGCACGACUCCUGCGAUUUCCAAAAGAGAAGAGAGCAGAUUAUGGUAGCCAGAUAACCCUGGAGUGCAACGCCACUGGAAAUCCUAUUCCCACCAUCACCUGGCUGGAAAAUGGGAAUACUGUGUCCGGUGCCUCUGUGGAGGAGACUCUGGUGGGAAAUGUAAUCCUCUCCAUCCUUAAAGUAACGGCGACAAAGUCAGCAUUAUACACGUGUGUGGCCUCCAACAGACACAGCGGUGGAGCGAACAAUGUGAAAAAAAGUGCCAGAGUCACUGUUACAGGUGAUGUAGAGAAAAUAGUUUUCAUUGCCAUCAAACUCCCAUCAAAUAAAGUUCCCCACCAGCACCGCCUAUCGGUGGAUGUCGUUCCAGAGCUGAUGAAUUCUAACAACCACUGUAGGAAUCCUGGAGGAAUCAGUGACAAGCCUUGGUGUUACACCUCAGAUCCCAAUAUACGCUGGGAAUACUGCGCAGUGCCUCAGUGUGGGGAAAUAAUCACAGCACCAGUGAAGAAGCCAGAGCUGACAGCGCCCGACCAGAUUCCUCRUCCCCCUCCCACCUCGACGUCAUCAUCGCCAGCCUACUCCAUGUCUGUCAUCGUCAUUGUCCUGACCUCAAUGGCAACCGCGGUCUUCCUCACAAUCAUCAUCCUUGGCUGUCAUAGGAGGAGAAAGCAGUGGAGGAACAGAAAGAGAAGAGAGAUUGGGACGCCAACACUGAGCGCUCUUCCAUCUGAGCUCUUGCUGGAUCGACUUCAUCCCAAUCCCAUGUACCAGAGGGUUCCUUUGCUGCUGAACUCAAAGCUGCUGGCCCUCGAGUAUCCCCGCAACAAUAUCCAAUAUGUCAGGGACAUCGGGGAGGGCGCGUUUGGACGUGUUUUUCAUUGCAGAGCGCCGGGCCUCCUGCCCACAGAGCCUUUCACAAUGGUGGCUGUGAAGAUGCUGAAAGAGGAAGCCUCAGCCGACAUGCAGAACGACUUCCAGAGGGAGGCGGCGCUCAUGGCCGAAUUCGACCAUCCAAACAUCGUUCGACUCUUGGGUGUCUGUGCUGUGGGUAAGCCCAUGUGUCUGCUGUUUGAAUAUAUGGCCCAAGGG